AUAUAAUGAGAACACAGUAGUAUAGACCUUACUCCCGUUUUAGGUUCUUUUUUUACGUUAAAUGAACGAUAACGUAGUAUGAAUGAAGGGUAAUUCGGUAAACUUACCGAUAACAAUUGCGUUGUUGAUGUUAUCGUUCAUACCAUGGCCAGGGCCGUCCGUUUUCAAGAUUUCCUGUCCUCGAGAUAACGCCAGGAUCGUAAGGAAAGUGGUCAGGACCAAGUGGAUACCGCUUUUAGAGAAGUAUAAGGUGAAAUUGCCUUUAGAAUGCCCCUUUCACCCGCAAAGGGACAUUUUUUAUCCGCAACAAGCGAUGAAAAAACAACACAGACCUUCGCAAUGGACCUGCGGCAUAUGCGGCAAAUCAUUUUUCGAAGAACAGUUUCUAGACAUGCAUUUCGAUAAUCGGCAUAAAGGGAAAAUUAACCUGGCCGAAGACGCCGUUUGUUUGGCAGACUACUGUGAUAUAAUGCGUUGCGACGUGCUGAGUCUCAUAGAGCUUAAGUCAGAAACUUCAAAACCAGAGAACACCGACAUUGAGAUCUGGAGGGAGGCCUCGGCUUACUCGAAAGCCUUAGCCGCCCAGGGACCACGCGAUAUUGCCAAAUACGUGUUGCAAAACGGACACUUGGGUUUGCAACGGAGUGAAAAGAAAUGCGCGGCGAUUGCCGGAACCUUAAAGUGCCAAAAGGCUGAGGAUAAGGGGGCUGCAAGUGUAAAGGGCGGCACAAACGACGAGGACGUUUUUCAGCAAAAUUUCAGCAGCAACAACAAUAAUCAGGUUUGCCAAAGCGACCUCGUCGACUCGGCCUUACCAGCACCGGACGAACGCCAGCAGCGCAUCGAUAAAAUUCAAAAACUGAAAGCGGACUGUAAGCCUGAGGAACUUCAAAAGAUCAAAACCAAGUGCGAGAUUUUAGUUAGGGAUUGUAUAGCUAACUUAUUGAUACAACUUAGCGUUAAGGAUUUUAGGGAGAUCGAAGAGGAAUUAAACCGGGCAGUAUGUUGGUACCUAACGUGCGACAGAUACUGGGAAGAUUCCCAAGGCGACAUAAAAACGUUCCCCUGGGGAAUUUUGUGUAUGGCCUUCAUGCUCCUUUCGUUGGGUUUUUGCUUUUGUUAUUACGUCGUUUGGGUACUGUUCGAUAUUUCCAGUACCGACGAUGGGAGUGUCACGAGUGCGAGCAUGACGGAUCGGUCUACUCCGUCUCCUGCUCAUGCCCUGAGACCGGACGGCAGUACGACCAUCAUUGACGGGGUACACGUGUACUCCGAAGAUUAUAUCGGGUCGGACAAGGAUAGCGAUUACAUUUAUGUCACGUAUCCUCCUGACUUGAAAAGAAGACUGUUAGAAAGCUGCUACAAUCGAACCACGCGAUUGUGAGACUAGAAGCUGCUAGGGUAGAAGAGUGCUUUACUUUUUCGAUAAUAUAAAAAUGCUCUAAAACGUGUAAAAAGUGUCUUUAGUUAACGUAGAAUUUAGUUUCUUUUUUUAACAGACUGAUAUUUUCAAAAAAAAAAAUAGUCCAAUUAGUUUAGGUUUUGUUAGAUUUUUUAAGAAUCCUUACCAUUUGCUUGAAAUAUUAAGCUGUGUAGUACCUAUAGCUCCUAAUUUUUCUGAAGACAGUUAAAUAAGAUAUUUUAAGAUAAUGAAGUGCUACAUAUAUUUCUUAGUACCGAUAUAAAUCCUCACGAGAGUUGGGUACGUAUUACCACCAAGCUGACCCAUACCUUUUACCUAUUACCAAGCUGUAUUUUUAUUUAUCAAUAUUCAAAAAAUGGUAGAUAGGUUUAACAGUUUGUAUAUUUGUUUGUUUCUUGUACGUUAUAUAUUGUGAUGUAAAAAAUGGA